AUGUGGGCGUCGCUUCGCCCGCGUUCCCCUCGUUUUCUGCAUCCUCGCCGCCUGGGGGAAACACUCUGCCUCUGUCGUGUCUAUGGCUUACAUGCUGUUAUCACCUGCAUCUGCCUCGAGGUGCCUUUCUUCACGAUUUCGGUCAUCCUUCUCUUGUUUGGCGGGCAUCCCCUUGACCUUUCUCUGCGCUGUCUGUUUCAUAUAGAGGUGAGUGGAUCUUCUUUGGAUCCUUUUCCAACUUUCUCACUUCCACUCUGUUUUGAAGAUUUCGCGUGCGCUUUUGUCGCUCGUCCCUUUGGCCUCCGACUUCUCCUAGGCCCGUGUGCACCCCCCUCACCCGUAUCUGGUCUGUUGCGUCUUAUUGGCGUCGUCUCAGCACCCCCCAGUCCUCUGGUAGGAGGACCAGUCUGCAAUCCGCGAGUUCACUUGCGAAGUUUGCUGGACUGCGUCCUGCUCGACUCGUCUGACGCUUUGGUUUAUCCGAGUGCCAGCGAGCGAGUCGCUGUCGACUUCCCAGCAGACUCUGACAGGCUUCAACCGGGUUUUCGAAGACAUCGAUUCACCUCAGAUCAUGCGAUCACUUGGCAGCUGCAACAGCUCCUCCCUCCAAGCUCGCUUGACUGCCGCAAUGGCUCCUCACCUCAGCUUCCUCGAUUGAUCUCUGCGGCGAAUUUCGUAUAUGUGGGUUCACAUGCACCUUCGCUCGCGUACCCGUUGAUUACAGGCGAGAUCGCCUCUGGCAGCAUGUUUUUUGGCGGCAUGUCCUCUGGCAGACAUGCCAUAGACCACACUUUCUCCACCACCGUUGCCCACUUUGCAACUGUUUCCUAA